ACUGUAAAUCAUAACACCUGAAACCACCUUUGAGUUUCCUCACCAAAUCAAUUCAUCUUCUUCCCCUUGAUUUUCCUCACCCCUUUCUCUUCUAGAUCUGCUAGGUUUGAAAGAACCUAACAAAGUUGCUAGGUUUCAUUUCUUUUUUCUUUUUUUUUUGGGUUAAAAAGGAGUGAGCGAUUGAUCGGAACCAAAAGAGAAAGGCAUUGGGCUCUUCACCACCAUUUUUCUUUCUCUAGAAAUCCUAGAAAUUUACGGUUUCAUUUCUCUAGUUAUACAAAUUUUCUUCGAAAUCUAAGGUUUUUGCAACAACAGAAUUUGGGGAUUUGAUUUGGCAAGAACCAAAGGAAAGGGUUGAGAAGGGGAGACAAAAUGAUGAGUUUGGAUUCAAUGUCAUUGAAUUCUCAUGGGAACCUAGACGACCAGAUUGAUCAGCUCAUGCAAUGCAAGCCCUUGUCUGAGCAAGAGGUACUAUUCUUUUUCUAUAUUGGGUGGUAAAUGUUCAUGGGUUCAUUGAUUCUUGUUGUUUUGGUGGUAAUUUCUAGGUGUUGGUAUGGAUCUGUGAGGGAUUUGUUGGUUCUGGUGCGAGUUUGUUGGGGAUUUGUGAUUCUGUGAGUUUAUUAAAAUUCGGGUAUUUUUUGAUCGAUCUUGAGGUGGAUUCCUUUGUUCUUUCUAUUGGGUUUCUUUCGAACCUAGCAGAAGAGAGAAAUUGGAAGGGAAAAUGUCUAGAUUUGGUGUUGAGGGAGGGAUAGAGAGAGAAAGAAAAUGAAAGGAUGAAUUGUAG